UUCAUUAUGAAAAAAAACUAUGCACCAAAAGUUCACUUUAUUUAUUAUCUUUCAGGAGGAUUGGGUGCUUGGUUUUAUGUUUUCAAAAAACUGGCAUUCUCUAUAUACGGCCUUAAAUGUUCUAUAACUGUUAUUGUUCCAGCUCCACAGUUGGCAUCAUUAUGGGAAGUUCCAUUGCUAGCAUUAUCAGCAAAGAUUUGGUUAUUGUACUUCUUCGCCGGAGUUUUUGCUUCUGCUGCUCUUUAUAUGGCCAAUAAUUAUUCAACUCGACACAUUUUUUUGCUGCCAUAUCGAAUUUCCCUUGCACAGGCUCAAUCAGAUCACAAAAAGCCCAAUUGGAAGAUUCGACGCGUCACAUGUUGGCUUCUUCUUACGAUUGUCAUAAUAAAUAGUGCAUAUAGUGCUGGAUUGUCCACCAACUACACAAUCCAAAAAUACGAGGAUUCUAUAGACACAAUUGCAGACGUCGUCGAUAGAAACAUGGAAUGGGGUGCCGUUCAUGAGGCUUUUAUUUAUACCCUUCUCAAUUCUCAAGAUCCUGUAAUAAAAGGACUGGUGAAAUUGUUUCGCAAAUACAGUCCUCAAGAAAUGAUGCAGAAAUCGUAUUCAGUUGACAUGGCAUUUGCUAUGAUGAAAUUGCAAGGAGGUAACAUAAAUAUCGGCAGAUUUAUAACCGAAGACGUAGUAUCAAACUAUAUGAUACUACUAGAUGAUAUAUAUUACGAGUAUAGCCUUAUUAUGGGGCGAAAGAGUUCUCCACUUCUGGACAAGUUGAAUGUACUUCUACUGCGACUUCAUGAAACAGGACUGACUUUGGCUUGGGAGAACCAGAUUAGUCAACGCUACGGAGACUACAAAGUGCAAUUGGCUAUAAAAUUCUCUCGGUUAAAAAAGGAGUCAAAAACGGGGCCUCUGGGAUAUUACCAUUUAGAGGUGAAUAUCUAUAGAUAUUGGGCCAAGAAACCUGAUGGUAGCAUUGCCACUCUGAAAGGGUUCAGGUUUCUUUGAGAAUAAUUAUUACAGAAAACUUUAUUGACAUAAAUAUAAUAGGUAUCUGAGUGUUUUUUACUGGCUUUCUAGCCAGGAAACAUUUACUAAAAUUUAAUUCGACAAACUGAAGAAAGGUUUAAACGAAAUCGUUCCAUUUGAUUCUC